AUGCAAGUUUUAAGAGAUGAGCUAGAAAAAAUUUCAGACAAGUAUGGCUAUCAGGAACUGUAUGUUGAAGGCUUUACACCAGAGCAAAUAUACUACCAGAUAGAGGACUUGUGUAAUUCCAUUGUCGAAAGAUCGGAUGUUGCUAUUUCUAGGCUUUAUCCAAAAUAUCAAAAGCUAUCGCUUCAGAACGAUGGAAAAGUUUGCUGUGGAAAGAGCUCAGAAGAUUCCCAAAAGGAAACCAUUGCUGACCAAGAUGAGGAGAUACCGCCAGAAAGCAUUGAAAUAGAAAAGUGCAGCUCUGUUGGAAGGUUGCAUAAAGAUGAAUCCUUAGGAUCCUCCUCCUUUGAUUCCUCUGAAAAUGAUGUCUUCCAGAUGCCAGCUUCUGAAACAUUCAGGCUUUUGGAAUCAAACGCCGAGAAUGCUUCCGGACAUUCUUCUAGUGGCUCCGAACCGUUUUCCGAAGAUGAUGACCAAUAA